AUGAGGGCCCCAGCCGACCAGAGGGACAGGUCCAAGUGGUGUGAGUUCCAUGCAGACCAUGGGCAUCGGACAGAGGAUUGCAUCGCCCUCAGAUUGGAAGUGGCCCACCUACUAAAACAAGGCCACCUCACCGAUUACCUAACCGAGAAGGGCAAGCAGACCCUACAACAAGGAAGGGAUAGACAUGAUGACCAUAGAGAAGCUACACCGCCAAUCCCACCAUCUCAUGAAAGAACCGUGAAUGUCAUAUCUGGUGGCUCCGAAGUAAGCGGGGUCACCCACUCCGCAGCAAAGAAGCAUACUCGACAGGCUAUGUCUAACAAGGCAGAAACCAACAUGCCCUGCCAGACCGCUUCAACCCUUCCGACCCAAACAAUCAGUUUUCAUACAACUGAAUCAGACAAGCUUCUUCACCCUCAUCAUGAUGCUUUAGUUAUUUCAGUUUUUAUUGCAAAUUGUUUGACCAAGCGUGUUCUAAUCGAUAAUGGUAGUUCUGCCAACAUCUUGUUUUUUGAUGCUUUCAGGGAGAUGGGCUUGAACGAGUCCAAAAUAAUAAAAAAGUCCGCGGUGCUUAUAGGCUUCAGUGGUGAGACCAAGGCCACGAUGGGGGAGAUUGACCUUCCUGUCUAUGCCGAAGGGGUGAAUCAAUCAACCAAGUUCUUAGUGAUCAACGCCCCUUCCGUGUUCAACGUUAUUUUGGGUCGACCAUGGAUCCAUGAUAUGGAAGCAGUGCCAUCUACCUACCACCAAGUCAUUCGAUUCCCAACUAAAUGGGGCAUCAAGGAGAUCAGGGGCGAGCAAAAAGAUUCAAGGGCAUGCUACCAAACGACCAUGAAGGCAAAGCAAACCACUCAAUAG